GAGUAACCUCAUUUACUAUUAUUAUGAAAAUAGACUUGGAUACUAGUUGAAUAAUUAUGACUAUCUUUAGCGUAUACAUUAUAAAUAAAGCUGGUAGUUUAAUCUACCACUAUGAUUCACCGAAUGUGUCUAGACCAGCUGUAGAGAAAACAUUUAGCUAUCCUCUCGAAUUAGUUUUAAAAGUCUUUGAUGAAAAAGUUGUUGUAGCUUUUGGAGAGAGGGAUGGCAUCAAAGGUAAAUAAUAGUAAUAGUUAAGUAGACUACUACAGUAGACGUAUUAAUAAUUAACUAUAUAUUUAAUUAGUGUUAGCAGUGUAACUCGGUGUUAGUCAGUUAGUCUUAUUAUUAGUACCGUUAACCUUAUUUAAAGUAAAUAUUAAUAAAAUUAAGUAAGUAGUUUCAUACUUGAAGCUCAGUGACAGUGAACCAAGUCUAGCAAAGUAGUCUAGUGUCUAGUUAAGAGUUUAGACCAGUGCUUUGGGAAGGCUUUCCAAACUUUUCAUGUUAGGGCAGAGACAAACUUUUUAGACAUACAUAGUGGCCUCGCUAGGGUUAAUUAUAUAAUGCCGCCCGGGACGGGUCAAGAUUUUAUCCCCCCCCCCCCCAAGAAAAACCUAGUAUGUAGUUGGCCCAAUCAUGGGCCUAUAUCACUGUAUAAAAAAAAUAAUGCCGCCCAGUCCCUCUGCACACCGGGACGGGUUAAAAUUUUAACCCCCCCCCCCCCAAGAAAAACCUAGUAUGUAGUUGGCCCAAUCAUGUGCCUAUAUCACUGUAUAAAAAAAAUAAUGCCGCCCAGUCCCUCUGCACUACCAUUCCUAUGCCAGUUGUCAUACAUCUUUUUGUGUCACACAGUUAGUUGAUUCUACCAAUAUACAGGAGCUUCAACUGGCCCAUUGUAAGUUGUAAGACAUACAUCAUAUGAAUAUGGGCACAAACAUAAAGUGUAAUAUUUACUAAUACAAUGCCAAUUGGUCCACUAUUAGCGAGCCAUUAUCACAUUUUAAUGAUUUUAACUUGCACUUGGCUGUUUCCGAAUACUUUAACUUUUUUUAAAUGUUCUUCUUUCAUUAAAUUUCCAAAUCACUAUCUUGUCUCAUAAUCCUAUUGUGGGCCAUAGCACAAAUUCGAUAUUCUGGUAUGUAUGCUAUUUCCUCUUUUUCCUUCAUUGAGAUUCAGUUUUGUGCAUAAAGUUUUUAAAUUAGUGUUGAAUUUUUCCUCAAAUUCAUUUUUCUUAGUUUUCUUUAAAAAUGUAAGCAUCAUUUUCCUUGAUUCAUAUACCGUACUUGACAAGAACCCGACCUCGUCAGAACCAACAAAUUUCUUCACAAAUAAUAAUUGCACAAUAAUCUCAUCUGGUUUAAAGAGGCCUUCUUUUCAUAUAAUUUACCAUUUGCACCACUUUGUAAAUAACAUUUCUUAUUUAGUUUCAAGGGAUUUUUAACUUUAAAAAAUUAUGAAUAUCGUUAUGGCUUUUUUUUUCAUGGACACACCUGCACUCUGCAGGCCACAAACAGUUUGGACAGCACUGGACUAGACUUAACUACAGUAGAACUUCGUUAUGUCGUCGGCCAAGGGGCUAGCUAAAAAGUGUAGAGAUAACCGAUGAUCGAGAUAAAUGAAAACCAAUAUGGCGGCAAUAUAUUAAAAUUUGCUUGAAAUUUCUUUAUGUACCGUGCGUUUAUAAAUAAGAAUAUGUCUAAUACACUAAAUAAAGUCUAAAUUUUAGGCUAUGCCUAAUUUAAUUUUAAUAAUUAAAGUCGAUAAUAAUUAAUAGGCUAUAGGGCCUAAGCCUAUAUAUGUUUUAGGCCUAGACUAGGUCUAGAUUACUUUAUAUUAGAUUUAGACUGAUCAGACUGUAUACUGAUAUACUGUAUAUGAUUAGAAUAUAAAUAUUAUGAAUACUUUAUUUGUGAAGUACUCAUUUUAGACUUAUUUUUAGGACAGCUUGCUUAGGCCCUUACUUAGUAAACCUACUUUCUAUUAAUGAUUGUUAUAAAAAUUUAAGUUAUAUAUUAUAUAUAUAUAUAAAAAAGGUCUAUAAUAUUAGGUACUCACUGCGCAGAUAAAUUUUUCGGAUGCGGGAAACAGACCAUAAACCUGUGUCCCGGUCAAUGCCAGUAGAUCACGAGGUCAUAUGUAGAUCUAGUUUAGUUUGUCUACUUAAGGGAGUGACAAUGAACUUAUUAUAGUCUGUUUGGUGCACACGAGAAGGACUAUCAUUACAAUUACAACAUAAUCUUAGGGAUUCUUUCAGUCCUGUAUUUUGAGAAAUAAAUAACUAUUUUUAACUCUGCAAAACUUGUUGUUUGCUAUUUCUUCUUGCGGAGUUAAAAAGCCGGUGAUCGAUCAGGGGAUCGAGAUCACCGACGUAAAGUUGAAAAUUAGCUCGAGGUAUCAGGGUUCGGCGACAUAAAAGAAUGGACAUAACCGAGGAGAAAAUGUUAAGACAAAGAGAGAAUUUGGCAGGUCCACUUCAAAAAUGUCGACAUAACAGGGUUGGCGAGUUAACAGAGGUCGAGAUGAGCGGGUUUGACUGUAGUUACCCUGGAAACAGAAAAACUUGGUCAUCUUUUUUAUUAGAAUAAGUCUUAUUAUAAGUCUGUGUUUUAAUGCUAACACUAUUAUUUGAGGAAAAAAAUAAAUGUAUUUCAGUUGGUCAUGCAGUUCUUGGAAUUAAUGGUGUACCAGCUGAGGGCAGGUGUUUAAAAGAUAAACGGGACAUACUUGAAGUCUUAGCUACAGAGAGCAACUAUCCAAUAAAUAUCAAAUUUGGAAGACCACAUUUGACAACAAAUGAAAGAAUUAUGUUAGCCAGUAUGCUACACUCGUAAGUUAAUAUCUGUUCUCUAAGUAACCUUUUCUUUUUUAGCUAAAAGCCAAUCAUAUCUUUUUAAAAUUCUUUGAGGCUGCAGUAUUUCUCAAUAAAUCUUCCACUGAUAAUAUGGACAUUUUUUAAAUUGCAGAUUAUAUUGAGAUGUUUAUAAGUAACCUUUAUAUAUUUUGGUUUGCUUGGUUAGUUUAAUUUUUAAAUGUCUUUCUCCUACUGACAUAUUCACUGAGAGUACCACACUCUGACAAAACCCGGUGUUUUUAUUUGCAAAUUGACAAAUGCAAUUUGCAAAUGAUAUUAUUUUGGGGGUAACAUAAAUGAUAGAAAUGAAAUUUUCUUUAAACAAUUAUUACUCUUACAAGUAAAUAAAAUAUGCUACUAUAUAUGUAAAUGUUUUUUUUGUUUAGUUUGUUUGCAAUUGGUUCCCAGUUAUCCCCUGAGCCUCAUGCAUCGGGCAUUCAGUCUCUUGAAACAGAUACAUUCAAGCUUCAUUGCCAUCAAACAAUGACAGGUAACAACCAAGUUCAUAAAACUUUGUGAACAUUGGGGAUUUGGUAACGUGCAGACCUUAGAGUAAAGAUCUUAUUUUCUGAGUAAUUCUUCCUUUCCUUUUUGUAAGUUUUAAAAAUCACUUCAACCCUAAAAGACAAGAAACAACCACACAAAGUUUUAUAAAACUUUAAACCAAUUCAAUAUUUCAAUAUGACAAUGUGUAAACAAAUACUGGCUGUGGAUCAAAAUAUUUUUUUGAUUACUAAUUUUAAUGAUUCCACAAGAUUGCCUCUGUGACUCCAGCUUAAGCAUACAGUAUAAUUUUAGAGUAUAAUAGUAUAAUUUAUUUCUAAGACGACAGCGAUAAAUUGAUGCAAAUUUGAAAUAUGUCCCAAAUUAUUUUGAACCUUUACAUUUCAAGGAAUGUUUUACCAAGCAUAACAAUCUCUUAUUUUAGUAUUAGGCUCUGCAGUCCUGAACAUUUUAUAAAUUCUACAUUUCAGGUGUCAAAUUUGUGAUCAUAGCAGACCCCAAGCAAGCCAAUGUAGAUGUUAUACUAAAAAAACUUUAUGAAGUGUACUCUGACUUUGCCCUAAAAAAUCCAUUUUAUUCUUUGGAUAUGCCCAUAAGGUAGUAAAUUUACAUCUUUACUCAAACUAUGUGUACUAUUUAAUUUUAGCUUCUUUCAUCAGAUCUUGAAGAAUAUUGAGUUACCGGUACUAGAAGUUUAGAAGAUAUGACUUGAUGUUACCAGGAUAAUAAUGGAAGGAUAACUAAGGUACUUUCUAACUGCAGUUGUGAAGUCUCAUUUAAAAAUCCAAUUUUUAUGUAUGUAACUGAAUUGGGUUUCAGUGUAUUGUAUCCUUAAACAAAUACAAAAUUUUCUGUGCCUUUGAAUGCAUAUUUAGGAAAAUAAUACUGUAAAUCAGACUUUCCUUAUCUCUUAAGAAGUAUUAAAUAGGAUAGAGAGUUACAUUUCUAACAUCAUUGGGUAUUGAGAUAUGUUUACUUUCUGAUAUAGGCCUACCCAACCCUUUUUGCCGCCCAAGAACUACAAAAGUAAAACAUAUUUUCUAAAAAAAAUUUAAAACAUGUCCUUAAACUUAAAUAAUCUACGUUCCAUUUUAAAUAUCUGCAUUAUAACGCAGGUUGAUAUAUUGGUAUCUUCAUUAAAAAUGUACAAAACAUUUUGCUUCACACCUCGACUAUAUUAUCGGGAAAUUUUAAACACAUAAUUCUUAUUUCUAAAGAAUAAUCUCUUUAUCAGUUUUCACUUGUGUUUUUUUAUAAAUAUUAUUAAUCUCUUAAAAGUUACCCACACUUUUCCAUGAGCUACAAAUAGAGUAACAAAUAAUUUCUUAUUUUUUAAAGAUUUAAACACGUCGUUGCUAACGGCCCUGAACUAUAUUUUUGUGAAAUUAAACAAAUAUGGCUAUAUUUUUAAAGACUGAAUUUUACAUUCUUAUUCUUAUUGGAUUUUGAGAUGUUUUUAUUCACAUAAAAAUAUUCCCAUGCUCUUUUUUUAGCACUUGAAAUGUAUUUUUACUAAAUAUUUUCAAUAUAUUUUUUAUUAAUAUAAACAUAUUUUUAUCAUCAUAAAAGUGUCCCCACCUCUUCACCUUGCCCCUGAACGGUAUCUUGUGAAAAAUGGGAAAUACUCGAUGUUCUUAGUUUCAAAUAAAUUUUAUCCAUUAUUUUCCCCUUACCAAUUUCAUUGAGAUUUGAGGUAGGGGUGUGCUUAACGCCCUUGAACUGCGUAUUCUGACAUUGGCAUUAAACAUACAGCAUUUAUUUAUUUUAAAAGAAAAAUCUAAACCUCUUUUUCACAACUUUAAUAUCAUGGGAGAUAUAGUCAUCCACAUAAAAAUGUACACACCCUCUUUCCUCCCCCUGAAAUAUUUUUUCGGAAGAAGUUGAAAUUCAUUAUUUCAUUAGUUUUAAAACUAUCUAAACCGGAGUAUACCUAUUUCGGUCGUUAAAAAUAUUUCCUCUUUGAGAUAUUGCUAUACGUAUAAAAAUACACCCACCCAUGCUGUAACAUAUCUUGUGUUGUCUGGCUCAAAGUCCAAAAAUGGCAGCCACCUCCCCAACACACAAAUAUUUUAUGAAGGUAAGUCCAAAAAUGGCCGCCCCCCCCCCAACACAAAAAUAUUUUAUUAAAGUUUCAAUAAAAAACAAUAAAUAAGCCCCCGGGGUUGGUAAGCCCCCCCCCCCCCCACACCACCACCUUUAUGCACAAACUUAAAUUUAAGAAAUAUUCUCAUGUCCAUCCCCUCUCAACACCAUAACCAUGCAGUGCACUACAUUUUCUUUAAAAUAUUACUCAUUUUCAAAUUAAAAUCCAUACAGUAAUUCACAUCCAUAAAGCUUUAAAAUAGAUUAAUUAUUUAGAAAAAAACAAUUUGUGUAAAUAAAACAUUAUAUGUUCAGCUUUAAUGAUGAUUUUACAAAAUACAAAUGUAAGCUUUUCAGCAAAUGCCUUCAUCAGUACAAAAAACAUUUAAAUAAGUAUAAAUUAAAUUUAAUGAUAUAUAUUUACAUGUAUUCUACCUAAAAAAUAGAGAAGAAUAGAGUAGGCGCAAACCCAGACAAAAAUAAAAACAAAGUUAAGAAGUACUGAAAGAAACCUAUUAAUUGUACCAGAUAUGUAAUUGAUAUUUUGAACAUUUGUAUGUCCUAAUCUUUCUCUUAUUAGUUUUAUUAAGGGUAUCAUGAUAAGUUAAAAAUAUCUUAAACAAGAGCAUUUGGAAUCAACCAUUAAAUGUAACUAAUGUUCUGCAUGUACUCCCAGAGCAGAGCUGUUUGACACCAACCUGCAGGCUGUGUUGGAGCAGGCGGAUAAACCUGGGAUUAUUAACAGCUAGAGGUGAACUACCAUGAUUACACUGGAGAGCAGUGUCAUUGUGAUUUAUUAAAAUGUUUUAUUUUGUAUAUUUUAAGCAACCAUGCUCAUGCAUAUAUCAUAUGAUGUUGGUAAUACUUUUUCUGUCAACGAAGUUACUUUUUAAUGAGCCUAUCAUGCCAAAGUUCAUAGUAAUAGACAAAUAGGAACAGUUUGUGUCAGAUACAUUUGUUAAAAGAGUUCAUAAGGAGACUCUAAAGUGUUUUUUUUAGUUGCUUUAUACUGAUAGCAACUUACAUUAUUAAUGCAAACAAGUAACUUUUUUUUCUAUUAACAUUCACUUGAUGAUGUUGAUAUUGGAAAAACCAGCCUUGCAAUUAUAUUUUUAUGUAAAUUCUCUAUUAUAAUUAUAAUGUCACUGCACUAAUCAGAAAAAUUUUUUUUUUAAAUUUAGUUCUUUUUUUUAAAAAAGGGGUACAAAAUGGUAAAAACAAUUUCAAUCCAAAAAUUGUUUGAAUUCAAUCUUGCUAUCAAGGACAAUAUGUUUUUUUAAUGAUUAAGGUACCAGUGCUGUGGUCACAGAGAUUUUUACUUUUUAAAAUCAUUUAGCUUUAAGUCUUUUGAAAAUCAAAAAUAAUUUAAAAUGUUUUCAAACUUCAAAUGAUUUUUUUUUUAAAGCUUGGGUUCUUGUUGUGAACAUAAUAUCCCAGUACUAAUAUCAGUAAUUCCAAAACUCAAGUGAUAUAAAGUUGGAUUGUAUAAGUAAUAGAAGUAUCUGGUACUUUUGUUUGGUACAACAAAAAUAUCAAAAUCUCUUUAUAUUUCCGGCUAACCAACUAAAUAUAUAUUUUAAAUGUAGAUCACAAGCAUAAAGUUAGUUUGGCAAUCACUUGUUACAGUAACAUUAUAGUUAUAGGGUUUGUUUUAUUUUCCUCCUAUUUUUCCAUAUCUGUGACUGAAAAUUAAUGUUUUAAUUUUGCUUUCUUAAAAAAUAAAAUGCAAGUACAGAGUGUUAAAAUUUUAUUGAAUUCCUUUCAAAAAUAUUAAAAUGUAAAUUUCCUGGCACUGUAAAUGUGUUAAGAAUGUUUGUUUCUGAUUUACUUUGUUAAAAGUUUUAUACAUUUUUAAUUCAGAAAUGUAAUGUAAGUUUAUAAAUGCAUCUCUGAUAGAUUUCUUUUUUUUUAAAUGUAUGACAGUAGGAUCUCACCUUAUAAUAAGUUUUAAAUUCAGUAAAAUAAAACAAAACUUUUUAUUUAGUAGGCCUACCAAAAGAAAAUUGAAGUAAUGCAAAUUAUAUGUCAGUCAUUUAUUAGUUGUAGAUGCUGGUAACGUACUGGUAAGUUUAGUUCAAAUUUUAACAAAAAAUAAUUUUAAAAUAUUCAGAUCAAACUUUUUGCAUUUUCCAAUCAGUUAUAGGAAAUACAAGUCUCAGGAUAAUGUAUGAGCGACUACGCCCAAGCCAUGUAAAGUAAAUGAAUAAACAGUUGAACAAGAUAAUAUAAUAAGAUAGGCUUGAAAAUAAAAGACAAAAUGAUUAUAGUGGAAGUUUCAACUUGAUGCCUUCUUCAGCACACAAUACAAGUAAUUAAACAACAUGAAUUUAAAUAAUAAAUUAAAACUUAUGUUUUUUGAAGAUCUCAGUAAUGUCUGGGUAGUUCAUUGUUUAGAACAGGGAGCUGUAUGUUAUUUUUAAAACUAGGAAGUUAGUUGCUCACAACCAGAAAGUGUGUCCUACAUAUUUCUGUGGUGGCUAGUAUUAUAGUAAAAGAAUUUAAGUAUAAUCAUUGUACAAUUUUAAACGGCAAAAAUUGAAAAUAAGAGAUGGAGGAGAAACAAUCUUAAACUUAAAGGACAUUGCUUAGUAAUUCAGUUAAUACAACCUUUUAAUUAGAUAUUGCUACUUAAAAUUGUUUUUGUUUUUUUAAAUUGUGGAAUACUUGAUGAAUGAAACAUUACCAAAAGACUUUUGAAAUAAUGAAUUAUAAAAAUGUAUGUGCAAUAAUUUGAUGGAAACAACUCUUGUAAAAAAAAAUUAAAUCACACAAACUGCGAAAUAAUUUUGAUGAGCAAAAAUAUGUCAAGAGUGUGCAUGUUUAUUAAAUGUACUGUUAUUAUUAAAUUAUGAUUAGGCUGUCAUUUUAGGAACAUUGUCCAAAGUGGUUCUCAAAAUACUUACAUACCACGAUUUGCAAGGAUUCCCAAACUGUGGCUCUUGGUCAGUUGUGACUCUCUAAUUAUAAUAAAUUGUAUGACUGCAGCAUUCCAAUCAUCUAAUGUGAGCCAAUGUUAUAUUUUAUUUAAAAAUAACUCCUUUUUCUAAUUUUUGCCUUCAAAAUGUUGAAUAAUAUUUUCUCAUAGUAAAUGUUUGGGUGUUCAAUAAAUUGAUAAAAUCAUCUCAAAAUUAAAAAUUUGUUUAAAAAGUC